CACAAUGUUGAACGAGUGGGACAGUGCCAACAAUUUUGGAUACUGACAGUCUACUAGCUUCAUUAGAAGAUUAACAACGGUAUAUUGCUGGAUGAAUACAAAUUCCUAAACUGAAGCAGCCACCCAAUCCCAAGGUGGUGCAGACUACAAAAACAAAUGCCACAUUUCCAAGAAGAUGUAACUUGAUCUGAAGACAAAAGUCGGUCUGUGUUUCUCAAUGGAUCAGAGGGCAGUGCAUCACAGGUGGACUCCCUACAACAGAACUGUUUCAACAUGCAGACAAUGAUUUAGUGCAUUCUGCAUGUAAGAUGCAACACUUUCUGACAGGUUACGUAGCAUUGUGCUCUUCAUACAGAGUGCAGUGCAUUCAAUUAAAUGCAAGAUGUUAAUGUGUUUAUGGUUACUGGCUUGAUUACAUACAAUACCUGGAUAAUGUAAUGCGCCAGCAUGAGUGAAUCAUUCCCACUGUGAAUUAAUGACUUGUAGCUUCUUAGUGGAAGAUAAAGCUGCUGAACUCAGAAGCUGUUGUUUUGCAAGUGGAUUACGAAAUAAAUAAAAAUGUAUGGAGAUGUUGUCUUGCCCUUGGGAAUGUGCUGUGUGAUAGGAGAUGGGUUGCCAAGUGUUUUCUGUGGAGUAGGGUGUACCUGAGCAUUUGUGCAUAAUUUACAUGUAGGAAUGUAGCAGUAGUGCAAGUGAGGCUUGCACAGCUUUUAAGUUCAAGAAAUUGAGGUGGCAAUGGCCACACAAAACAAAGGGUUUUCCCAAGGAUGUUCCGAUAUUGAAACGGUCAGACAACGAGCAAUGCAGGCCGUGGAGUAUUACCAGCGUCAGAUGGCACCUGUGUAUUCUGGUAGCAAAGCAGAUAAUCCACAUCCUGGGGAGUAUGUCCCAGGUAAAAACUAUGGUGGUUACAACUAUAUGUCCACCGAAGAUGACCUCCAUUCUGGUGUGGAACCUGCUUCAUCAAGUAAUUUCUAUCGUGCAAAAAUGAAGGCUGGAAUUAUAGACAUGCGUAGUUCUAUGAGUGAACGCAUUGGGACUGGUCGGAGUCGAUCAAGGACUUUCCAUGGUCUUCAUUCUCAACCUGGUAGGGCAAGAACUCACACUUAUUCUGUGGAAAACAAAAAUCGUCCAAAGCCUGUGCCUCCUCCAAAGCCUGCUCAUAUGUCAAAAUCAUUUGUUAAAUCAUCACCACAAGGUACUUCCAAAGCAUUAUAUCGUAGUAAUAGCAAUGCAGAAAUGGACAGCCUUGAGUUAAUAGAGGAUGAUUUGCCACCUACUGGAAGUAUGCAUCGGGAAUAUGGUAGUACGUCGUCACUGGAUCUCCUUGGCACUAGUGGAGACAAUGAUUUUUUUGCAAUGUUGAAGGAUUUUCAAAAUCAGAACCUUGAUCAGAGGAGCCCUGCACCAUUAAAACUCCAUGAACUGCUUCGAGGUAGAGCAGACCUAAAUAAGGAAAGAGAUAAGGUUUCAAAUGGUAGUGUAAACUUUGAUAAGGAAAAUGAUGAAAAUUUAGACAGUCCAAAAGUUAAAAAUAAAUCCAAGCAGAAAGACAGAAAAACUCGAGCUAAGUCAAUAACUGGAGAAACGAGUGCUGGAAUUUUAAAGAAGUUGCGUGGCAGCAAGCCAGAUGCUGAUAUUACUUCCAAGUUGGAAGACAGAUUUGAUGAUGGCAAGGGAGAAGAACGGUGUAGACGGAAAGCGUUUGCUCAUUUUGACUGUCAAAGUGUAGGUGUGAAUUUGAAUGAAGUGAUCAGAACCAAGCACAAUUCAGGGAUUGUACGUAACACAACAACAGGGGCAUCAGCUGCCUCGUUUAGUCGCAAUAGCUAUGCAGGUGAUAAGGACGAUCCAGACAUUAUUGCUGGAACAGACGAUGGUGAUGGUAAAUCAAACAAUUUGGUGCUCAGUUGCCCCUUCUUCCGCAAUGAAAUUGGCGGAGAAGAGGAAAGGAUAAUAAGUUUGACUAAGCAGACGGCUCAUAAACGUGUUCAUUCUGCUGGGGAUACAAAGCACAGCAGCCAAACUCACAGUGCAAUUUCCUGGUACCGCCAUCCACAGUGUUGUGGAGUGGCUGUGCUAGACUCUUCUCAGUCUCCCUCCGGCAAGGUGCUGCCACCCCAGGUCUCUCAUCGAGGUCAUAUCAUAGAGUAUGUGGAUCAUGGUGCAUUUUAUUACAGACAUUUCUUCAAUGGUUUCGACCAUCAAAACUACUUUGGUACAGAUGAGAACCUUGGGCCUAUUGCAAUAAGUAUACGCAGGGAAAAACUGGAUUGUGAAGAAAGAACAAAUUACCUUGGCAAGCCGGACUAUGGGAAUUAUCAAUACAGAAUAAUCUGUAGGACCAGUGAGUUGACAGCAAGUCGUGGUGCAGUACUAGAAGAAGCUGUUCCCACAUCUAGUCGUCUGAGCAGUUCACGAGGUGUCCCUAACAAGGAGGUGUUGGAGUUUGUACUACCUGAAGUCCAGUUGUCAUGUCUGAGGCUCGCUUCACCAGGUCCCAAGACAGCAGAGCAACUGAUCAAGCUCGAUGAACAGGGUAUAAGUUCCACAUAUAAAGUGGGGAUCAUGUACUGCCAAGAUGGACAAUCAUCAGAAGAAGAAAUGUACAACAAUGAAUCAGGAUCAUGUUCAUUUGAUGAAUUUCUAGAAUUAAUUGGCAACCGAGUCAAGUUGAAAGGUUUUGACAAAUACAGAGGCGGACUGGAUUGCAAAACCAACUCAACUGGAACACACUCAUAUUACACCACAUUCAACAGUUGUGAGAUUAUGUUUCAUGUGUCAACAAUGUUGCCAUACACACCCAGUAACAAACAGCAGCUAUUGCGUAAGCGCCAUAUUGGGAAUGAUAUUGUGACAAUAGUGUUCCAAGAAGCAGGAACUCUACCGUUCACCCCAAAGACUGUCCGAUCUCAGUUCCAACAUGUUUUCAUAAUAGUCAAGGUUUCCAACCCAAAUACAGAGAAUGUCAGAUACAGCAUUUCUGUUACCCGUUCCAAGGAUGUCCCACCAUUUGGUCCACCUAUCCCAGAAAACUCUUCAUUUACAAAAUCUGCUGAAUUUGUGGAUUUUCUGCUUGCUAAAGUAAUAAAUGCUGAAAAUGCUGCUCACAAAUCUGACAAGUUCCGUACAAUGGCGACAAGAACACGACAAGAAUACCUCAAAGAUUUGGCGACCAACUAUGUCACCACCAGCUCACUUGAUUCGGGUUCCAAACUUAGCAAAUUUGCCCUUGGAAGUGGACGCAAAAAGGAGCGAAGUAAACAGAAGGUUGUCCCAGAUUUGUUUGCAAAAGGUGCCAUUGUUUGGAAUAUACAGAUUGAAGAUUUUGGCAGUGCUUCCCAGGUUGACUGCUUGCUUGGAAUAGGAGCCGAUACUUUGGUUAUUAUAGAUGAUGUCAGCAAGGAUGUCAUAUUCAUGAUACCUUCAGGGCUUGUUAUUGGCUGGACUGUACAGACAACCAGUUUGAGACUGUUUUUCAACCAAGGGGAGUGUAUCCUGAUGAAACCAAGCAGUGGUGAACAUGAGGAGUUACAAGAAAUUAUUCAAAGAUUGACUGCAGUUACCCAGGGAUGCGAGACAAUAGAAAGAAACUUGAAAAGAAAUGGUUUAGGUCAGCUUGGUUUUCACAUCCAGUCGGAGGGCAUUGUUACAGAUGUAGAAGACUGUGGGUUUGCCUGGCAGGCAGGGUUAAGAAAAGGUAGCCGAUUGGUAGAGAUUUGCAAGGUUACCACGGCAACUCUGAGUCAUGAACAGAUAGUUGAUCUUCUGAGAACAGCAGCCACAGUAAGAGUUGUCCUCGUUGACCCAUUUAAGGAUGGAACUCCAAGGGGCUUCCUAACUCUCAACUCCAACUUCCAUUACUCAUCAAUGGGGGCUCUUAAUGCUGCCAUUUUCUCUGAGCGUUCCCAAGCUGAGAGAGACGCUAAGUUCAACAGCCACGGAAGCUCAUACACACUGCCGUUACAGAAACGGUCUAGAGGAGGUGAAGAAAAGAAAUCAUCGUCGCCCCGAAGUAUUCAGCCGAGUACGGACCACCAAAACAACUACGAUGGUGUUCAGAGGUUCACGUCUCACAUGUACAAUGACUCCACCCUGUCCUCGGGGCGCAGUUCGGACGAUGGCCGCGCCUCCUAUCAGAGUCACCCCAACUCGACUGAUAACUACAUGUCACGUGCCGAUGGUCACCUCAGUUCGGGGGAUGAGCUACACUCACGCAACAGCUCCCAUGAUAGUUCAGACUACUCAGCUUCUGGUAGCAGUAGUAGACACUGGAAUCCAAGAUCAAUGAUCCAGAACCAAAAUCAGGUGAAACGAAAUGAUUUAAAUGGUGGCAUGGAAACAAGUCAAAGUGUCUAUGUUAGUGGUUCAGAAAGUGUGUACACCUCAUCUUCCCAGUCAACAAACUAUGCAUCACCCCAGAGACGACAUUACUUGAGUUCACAGCAGACUGAUUUCUCAUACACUGGAACUCCCCUUACUGGAAACAUAGCUCUCGAACUUCUCAAGCAGUCCCAGAACACAAAGUAUCUGUUACGCCAGGGAGCAGACAACCCUCCCCAUGGCUUCACAUCCGACCCCCCGUCCAGCUCCAACACAAACCUCAGUCAAAUCAGUGAAGGGUCGUCGUACUCAAGUGGAUCAUCACACGCCCAGGUGAUGUCUAAGGAAUCGAAGGACAGGGGCAUUAUUACAAGCAAAGGUGAUCCAGUAGUGCCACAGCGGAAAGAUUCUUUACAGCACAUGAACAAACCUUUCAAAGUUUUGCAACACAAACGUAGCCAACUAGAUGGUUCCCCUCACAGUAGUACAAAUAGCAGUCCCCGAUCAUCAAACAGAAAUCUGUCUGGUAUGUCAUCUGAAGAAUCCCUCGCAACUCGUCUGAGACCUGGCGCAACCAGUCACUCUCGACCGCUGAAACCUCUAACUAGUAACUUCCAGGAGGAGCUGAUGAGACUCAUAGAUCCAGAUGUAUCCGAGAAAGACCUCGCCAACUUUGCUUCAAGAAAAUCUAGUCAUCCCCACAGAAGCCACCGGUUACAAAGGACUAUGUCUGAUGAGAGUUUGCACAAUACAAAGGGAACAAUAUCCGGUGGUGACCACAACCAUAUUGGAAGCAGUGAUGCCCUGUUUUCUUCAGCAAUUCCGGUUCAUAUCACUCGUAUGGAGGACAGUGACAAGGAACAGAGAUUAUCUCCAAGAGCCAUAAUGGAUACUAAGAUGGGGGUUCGACCCCGGAGCCACACCACCAUGGAUUCUCACGGUCACAAUGUGCCUCUUCCUGAGACCACUGCUGGGCUGGAUUGGUCCAAUUUGGUGGAUGUCGCAACCAAGGCUAUUGAAUCUGAGGAUGGUCAUGGUAAGUCUUCAGUGGCAGUGUCGAGUGAGACUCAGGAUGACAUCCCACCUCCCCGACCACCUUCUCCACAAGACACUGUUGCCCUCACUGCUUCAGCUACAAGUUGGCGAUCAGCUGGUCUCAGCCCCCAGCAGGCAAUACAGGAAUUAGAAAUGAAGCUAGCUCAAGUACAAGAACAGAUGGAAAAGGAAAGAAAAGAAAAACUAGCUUUGGAGUCUGAAAACCAGCAACUGCGAUCGGAUAAUGUUCGGUUGCAGGAGGAAUCGCAAACGGCAGCAGCCCAGCUGCGUAGGUUUACAGAGUGGUUCUUUAACACGAUUGACAGACAGUGAACACAGCUCUGGGAAAGUCUCUCUCUAGUGAAUUUAAUAACCACAAAAACUAGUCUGAUGGUCUUAACUACAAUAAAUAGUGAUUAAGACCUCAUUCAUUCUUUAACAGAAUAAUCAUGGUCAAACAAUGACCAAAUGAGUUAGAAUGUGAUUCAGUAACAAAACACAGGCAGCAGAAGAAUGGAUUAUUAAAAAGUACUGGACCAGCUAUUUAGCAGCUCUGUACGAAUUUGAAUCUUCACUGGCAGAUAAUAACUAAUACAGAUUUUAUAAAUUUGUACUGUGACUGACGAUUGCUGUAAAAGAUAAUAUUUGUGGUUUGUUUUAUCAUAUUACAGUAGUCUGCAGUAAACUAUGGAUUAGUUGUAUUGCUGUGUCUCCAGGCCUUUGUCACAGUCUACAUGUUGUUCAUUAAUUAUUGAUCUGUGCACUCAAAGCCAGGACCUGGCAUCUGCCUGUCAUGUGCUGACCUGAAUUCAGGAGCUGUCAAGCAUGGCAAUCUAGCUAAUCAGGUCAUUACUGUAGACAUACAUACAGUACCUUGACACUGAUGAAUUCACAUGCAACACAACGAUCUGCACAGCUGUGCAUGUCUGACUGUUUACUGUGCUAUUCUGCUGAUGAUUAUCUACGUACAUGGCUGUGUCUAGCAAAUCACAAACUAUAGUGUCUAAAAUGGAGGCAGUCAAUGAAAUAAAUAUGGAUUCAAAAGAAAGGAUCCUAUUAAGCUGAGAUUACCUAAAACAUUACAAGGGUGAUAGUAGUUUUGAUUUUUGUGUGUGUGUUGACAAGAUAUAUUUUUUUGCUUGCUUGCUAUUCAGUGCAAGUCUGCAUAAUACCGUCCGGUUGUCUAUAACACAUUACUUGCAAUGUAUUGUGACAUCUUUUGGAAUCCCAAAAUGUCUUUAUUGUUUAUUUUAAUAUUGAUAUGGGUUGUAGGAAAUGUUGGAAUAAUAUUGUGUGAACGACUUUCUAAAAAAAAUUAAAAUUGGUAGUUUGUUUUAAAACUCCUAUCUCCAUAUAUUUAACAGUGAUUCUCCAAAUGUUGCAGAUGACUUCCUGUAUGGAUAUGAAAUUUCAGGAAGUGAGGGUUACAUGGGUUACAACUGCAGUGCUUUACACAUCAGAAUCCAUUUUCAUCAUUCAUAUGUGUGGCACUGUGGGGUUUUAGACAUUUGAAGAUAAAGAUGUUUAUACUGGGUGCCAUAUACACAAGGACAAAGGAAAAAUAUUUCUGCAGUAUAUCUUUUUGUGUUCCUGAAACUAGAAUAGAUAUUUGUUCACAAUAUGUUGAUUAAUAUAUUGGGGCAGAAACUUUUGUCAUAAUAUAUGUAGCUUUACUUUGCUUUAACAGUAAAAUGUGUGUGUAACAUUGCAACCGUUUUACUGUUACUAAAGGGAGUAAACUACAAAUGCAAUCAUAAAAUGGCAGGGAAAGAAUAAUUAAUAAUAUUUUUGUGUGUUGUGUUGCCUUAUGAAGUAUCCCAAUCUUGGCCCCCAAUUAUCAAUUGGAUAUUUAUUUUGUAAAAAUAAUGUUUCUUAGUAUCAUUUGAAUACCAAAAAAACCCAAAAUGAUAUUAUAUUUAAGUACUAGUACCUAGAUACCUAUUUUAACUAUUUAAAUAUUUUUUAAAUAAGUGUAAAUAAUCAAACUUUUAAGUCAUUUUAUAAUAUUUUCAAGUGAAAAUAGUGACAUUCCCAUUUGUAUAGAAAUGUUUUAAUGUAGUAAAAGUUCAUAUAUAUGUAUGUAUAUGUGUGUGUGUAUGUGUAUAUAUAUAUAUAUACACAGUUGAAUCCCGUUGGCCCAAACCCCAUUGGUGCUCGAGAAAGUGUUUGACCCAUUGGGUAGUUUGACCUAUCCAUUUGGUUAACAUCAUAUAAGUGUAACUUGAAACUUUGUUUUUGGUUCGAGCGUUGCAGUGUAUUCGAUCUUUCAGAGUUCAACCCAAUAAGAUCCAACUGUGUGUGUAUGUAUAUAUAUGUAUGUAUGUAUGUAUGUAUGUAAUGUAUGUAAUGAAUGUAUGUAUGUAUGUAUGUAUGUAUGUAUGUAUGUAUGUAUGUAUAUGUGUGUGUGUAUAUAUAUAUAUAUAUAUAUAUAUUACAUUAUUAUUUAUCCUCCCACCAGAUUAUAUAUGAUUUCUGAUUAAAGCAAACAGAUAACCAAUAUUUGACUUCUCAUUUGGUAGGACAUAUUUUUAAAUGUAUAAUUUAUUCCUCAAUAGUUUCAAUACAGUACUGGUAUAUAAAAAUAAAGUAGUGCAGAGAUAAACAUCACAAAACAUACAUACUUUUGUAUGAAUUAAGAAUAUUAUAAUUAUUUUUGUGACAUGACAAAUUCAACAUCUUUAAAAAAAUAUGAAUCCUGUAUGACAUAAUACUGCAAAAGAUGUUGCUUACUAAAAGUUAGGGGAAAAUUUUUAAUGGAACUUCCCUCUCUUUGAAUUGCAGGAAUAGUAAUAGUAGGUUAAUAACAUUGGAUAUAUAUAUAUAUAUAUAUAUAUAUAUAUAUAUAUACAGACACAUGUGUAUAUAUAUAUAUAUUUAAUAACUUACUUUAUCUCAGUCUUUUUUUCUUCUUUUCCCUUUUUCUUUAUAUUAAUAUUUUAGCUUAAAUACAUUUGCAUUGCAAUAGUUAAAAUACUGUCAUGAUAGUAUUGCAAGAGGGGUGGUACAUGGGUAUUCAAAGAGUACUGUAGCAGUAUUUCUGUCGACUCGAUCACUUAGGAUCAUUAACUUGAACUUGGUGAUUUAAUGAAUUAGUUAAAUAUCGCGAAAUAAGUUUACAAUGAGUUUCAUUUGAACAGCAUUUUUAACCUUUUAAAACAAGCAGAUGUAAAUAAAGGCUUUUUAAUUUAUGAUUGCAUUGCUUUUUUGUGUUUAUAACCAGCAGUUUUUAAAGUAAGACUUCCAAAUGUGUGUAUUCAUUGUGUUCAUUCAGUUAUGCAAAUCAUUUUUUUUGGUUUUAUUUUAUUUUUAAAAAGUGUGUCUUCUUUGUAGGAAAAACUGCUAUUUUUAGUUUUAGUUUUUAAAGGUUUUUUUAAAUUGCAAAUAUUUAAAAUUUAUACGAUCUUAAAUUUGUUUGUCACAUUAUUGGUUUGUUGUAUUAAACAAUGUCUGUAAUAGUUUUGAUUUUAUAUUUUUGUGAUGUUAUUUUUUUAUUUUUUUGCUUUUUAAAUGUUUAAAGGCUACUUUUAUGAUAAGAAGCAGUUGUUAAUUUUAGUUUAAGCAAAUUAUAUAUUCUGUUUGGGUAUUUUAAAGAUCAUCAAUUAUAUACAUGUACAGUGAAAAAUAUAGUGAACAACAAUUUGGUUAAAAAUUAGAUAAAACAGCAUAAAAUUGGGGUGGGGGGGGUUAUAUUUCAAAAUAUAUACCAUACAAUUACAUGUAGUUUAUUUGUGUCUUUUUAAUAAAAGCCACAGAUUUUUAUAUACAUAAUCCAUAUACAUGUAAAUGUUAAUACUAAUUUGGUAAAUAAAACACUUAGUAUUGUUGUAUACAAAUGCAAUAUUGUUUCAGUCAAGUUGAGAAACAGUUGAAAAUAUCAGGAGGAUAAUUUCAUAUUUAGUUUUUUUAAAGAAAUAUUGAAUAAAUAUGUUGCAAUGGAGUAAAACUGAUGUGCAUCAGUAAAUGAUAGCAAUAGGCUGUAGUAUCGGAUAUACAGGACAUUACAAAGUAAAAUGUAAUAUAUACAAUAUCAAACAUUUGAAAUUGUAAUGAUUUAUUGUGUCAUCAGUAUUUAUUUGUGAGAAUAUUCCAAUAUACUGUAUAUUUGAAUUUUCCCUGUAUUGUGUUAAGUACAUGUACAUCAGAUUUAAGUAAGAUUUUCGGUUGUUUUUUAAACAUAGCUUAUGCUGUGUCAUCUCAAUGAAUUGAAAUGUGAGAUAUACGUCGGUGUUUAUUUCUAAAAUUUGACUUUGAAAUGGAUUUGAAAUUGGGAAUUUUAGCGUUGUUUUACCAAAAAUUGGGAUUUGAAAAACAUCUUAUUAAGCCAAGUUAGAAUUAAAAAAGUAAUGCUAUAUAUAUAUAUAUAUAUGAAUAUACAUGUACUUGUGUUUAUUCAAAUAAAUAUAUAUAUAUCUAUUGUGCAUUACAAAAUGUUAUUGGGGAGGGAAGGUUUGUCAAGUGAAUGCGAUUUACAUUCAGAUUGGGAAUUUUUUACUCCAAAAUUGGGAAUAAAAAACGACAUAGCCUCUGUAGAAUGGUGGGAAAUGGUGCCCAUUAUCGGAGUCUAGAAACAUAGGUGAUAAAACCCUGUAGGUGUUAAUUUUCCAUUGGCAGCAGUGAUGGUAAUAACCUCAGCUUUAGCCUUAACAAUUUUACAGCAGAGUUUUCAUAUUAUUAUUAAAUACCAAGGUCAAUGAAAUUUGAGUCCUAGCUGCACAUGUGGAUGUUGAUUUCAGUGCAUGCUUUAAAAUAAAUGAAACAGUUUUAUAAAAGUAAAUAGACCGAUCUAGAUUAAUUAUGAAUUGUACAUCACAUUGUGUGUUAAGCAUAGUGAAUGGAUUAGUGAAACAACAAAACCAGUCUAUAGUUAACAAGAUAUUUAAUUCUACAGAAUUUGUUUUUCUUAAAUGUGAAGUUGAAAAAUGUAUUAUGUCAUUUGUUGUCCUAUUGCUUUUACUUCUUUAUUUAAUACUGCUUAUCUUUUCUUUGAUCUAUGCUUCAGUGCAGCUCUUGUUUGGGAUUUUCAUCUACAUAUGAUUUAUUGAUAAUGAAAUGGGAUUUUAUAUUUUAAUAAACAACAAACUCUGUCAAGCAUAAUUAAUAUUCAGGUUCUGAUCAGAGAAAGAUUAAAGCAAUUAUGAUGAGUUGUUCUAGUGUUUAUGGAGGAAACUUUAAACAUCAAGUCUUAUUGGCAGUUUUAAUGAACUGCUAGUAGAUUUUUGUUUUAAAUUAACACAAAAAUGUAGUCAUGCAUAUUGACUUCUUUGCUGAUCAUGUUAUUAAACUACAAAUAAAUUCAGUUAACAUCCUACUCUCCUACCAGAUAUCAUCACACAACUGCUCAAAAAUUUAUUUCUGAUGAUAAUAAACAAGUCACCAGUUAUUAUCAAAUGUGAAAUAAUUUUCAUUGGUCACAAGCUUUUGAUAAAAACUAGUACCAAGUUUGUUCUAUUCAUUAUGUCAGCUAAUUCUUUUUUAAGACUUCUUUUCGACAUCCAUAUGUACAUGUGUGUAAAAAUAAUAUAAACCACUUUAUAAACAAUCUAGUAUUGCUAUAACUAAAGUUGAAUAUUAUUCACAAUCACAAAUAGUUUUCAAAAGAAAAACAUUCUAAAAAUCUAUAAUGAAUUGUAUUAAAACAUUUUACUGAAAAUUUAACAAUGGAAGCAGAUAGGUGUAAAUGCAAACUUAAAAUUAUGUUACGUCAUUUUGUGUGAUGACAUCCUAUUUAUCAUGGUCAUUGGUUUGCAAGUACCAAAUCGUAAAUCAAUGUUAUAGGUUACACCAAUGCAUAAUUAUUUCUCGGUGAGAAAUUAUUAUUUUUAAUUCUUCAGGUAUGAAUGCGCAUUGGAGUAAUAAAUACCAAUAUUUAGCUACAGUUGUUCAAUCACGUAAUACUGGAAAACAAAAUCUAAUGACUUUGCAGCUGGCAUUAAUUUCCCCUAUUAUUUAUGGUAAAAUAGGUUUUGAAUUAUGAAAAGUAGUAAAAAGAAAAACCAUUGUACCUUGAUUUUUACUAUUCUUGAGCUCUUACGCCCUAGAAACCUGUUUUAAAUAUGCAGGUUCAAUCAGGUGGGGGAGUAAUACAGUGAGUUAUUUUAACUAUUGUGUAUACUGGUAUGUUAGUUUCGUAAGAAUAAAUAAUAAUAAUAUCAGUUGUUUACUUUAUUAACAGUCUUAUAAAAAAAAAAAGGUACUGUAAAUCAUAAACAUUUAGUGAAUUUAGCAAGGCUAUACAAGAUGCUAAUAUUUCAUGACACUAAAUUUGAAAGAAAUUUACUCUUUUUUUUUUAAAUUGCACAAAUUUGUGCAAUUUAAAAUAAAAAUAAAAUUGUAUUAAUUUAAAACAAUAAUGGUUACAUAUUACUGAUUAAACUAAAAGGAUAGUUUUCAAAAACAAUACUUAGCACACACAUUACUGUAAUUUUGUAUUAAAUGUAAGUUGUCAAAAAUAUUUUAGUUAAUUUUUUUAAAUGACAUCGUUAAAGUUUUAUGUCACUUAGUUGGCUGUUAAUAUUUGCUAAUAUUUUAUGAUUUACAAUAUUCUGUACAAUUCAGUUUGUAAGUUAUACAUAAUUACCUGUCCACCUCAUUUGCAUAAAUGUGUGACUAUAUUUAUCAUUAACAUGCUGUGCAGUCAGUACUCUCACAUCAUUUCUCAUGCUGCUAUAUAUUAGCUUUUAUUUAUAGUGUGUAUAUUUUAUAUACUACACCAAUCUUGGCGAGAUCCAUAAUAACUGCUGCAAAGUUAUUUAUUCUGCAACUUAAAACUAAAGGGGGAGAAAGUUCAUGUAAUUUUGAAUAUAAAAAUGUUGAUAUAUGCAGUUUGUGUAUUAUAUCCAGUUAGGAAAUGUGAGCAAAUUCAACCAGUGGUUAGUGAAAAAGGAUCUAGAUAAUUACAAUAAUUUCUUGAUUCACCAAACAUUUUUAUUUAACAUAGAUUGGUCCCAUAGCAGUAUUUUCACUUGUAUGUACAUUAUGUGUCAUUGUUAUGCAUAGCUUAGCAAGGUUGUUAUGUGUGUAACUGAUACUCUGCUGUGUAUAGUUACACCAGAGAUGCAAUUAUUUUUUGAACCAGAUCAAAAUUAUUGAUCUUGUAUAUCGAUUUGUAUGUACAAAUUGACUAAAAACAUUUUAUGAACAUA